UCAAACAAACAUCAUCGAAUGAUGCGCAUUCAUAAACUCUAUCUUCGUCUCUCUCUCCUCUCCCUCUCUCCCCUUUCUCUCUCUCUAAAACCUUCUCAAUUCUCCCCUCUCUCCGCCCCCUCCCGCCGCAGCUCCGUCGCCGUCCGGAACGCCGUCUCCAUGGCCGGCUCCUCCACCAGGCUUCGUAACCUCGUCCCCGUCAACGCCGUUGUCGCGGAGAACGGCGGCAAUGGCGGGGCCUCCAAUGGCUCUGCUUCUUCUUCGGCUUCUGCUACUCUUGCCGAGGAUGAAGAUGAGUUGACGGCGGGAGUUGGAUAUCGCCUUCCUCCACCAGAGAUUAAGGAUAUUGUUGACGCUCCACCACUUCCUGCAUUGUCAUUCUCGCCAUUCAGGGACAAAAUACUGUUUCUCAAGCGGAGAUCUUUACCUCCUUUGGCAGAACUAGCAAGGCCAGAAGAAAAGUUGGCUGGUAUUCGAAUUGACGGAAAAUGUAAUGCAAGGAGUCGUAUGUCAUUCUACACGGGCGUUGCGAUCCAUCAGUUAAUGCCUGAUGGUACCCUAGGCCCAGAGAGAGAGGUUCACGGCUUCCCUGAUGGUGCUAAGAUCAAUUUUGUUACCUGGUCACCGGAUGGUAGGCAUUUGUCCUUCAGCGUCAGAGUUGAUGAGGAGGAUAACAGUAGUAGCAAGCUUAGAGUAUGGGUUGCUGAUGUGGAAACAGGGAAAGCUAGACCUUUGUUUGAGAAUCCAGAUAUCUAUCUGAAUGCAGUUUUUGACAAUUAUGUUUGGUUGGAUAACUCAACUCUAUUAGUUUCCACCAUACCCUUGUCUAGGAGAGACCCUCCAAAGAAACCCAUUGUUCCCUUUGGCCCGAAGAUUCAAUCUAAUGAGCAGAAGAAUAUUAUUCAAGUUAGAACUUUCCAGGAUUUGCUCAAGGAUGAGUACGAUGCAGACUUGUUUGACUACUAUGCCACAAGUCAACUCGUUUUGGUUUCCUUGGAUGGGGUAGUUAAGGAAGUUGGCCCGCCGGCUGUAUAUACAUCUAUGGAUCCCUCCCCUGAUCAAAAGUAUAUUUUGAUCAGUUCAAUUCACCGGCCAUACUCUUUCAUUGUACCAUGUGGAAGAUUUCCCAAGAAGGUAGAUGUUUGGACAGCUGAUGGAAGGUUUGUUAGAGAGUUCUGUGAUCUGCCCCUUGCAGAGGAUAUUCCAAUUGCCUUCAACAGUGUGCGAAAAGGGAUGCGCUCCAUAAACUGGAGAGCCGAUAAACCAUGUACUCUUUACUGGGUUGAGACUCAAGAUGGAGGAGAUGCUAAAGUUGAAGUUUCUCCACGUGAUAUAAUUUAUACACAGUCUGCCGAGCCACUUGAAAGUGAAGAGCCAGAAGUCCUGCACAAGCUUGAUCUUCGUUAUGGAGGCAUCUCCUGGUGUGAUGAUUCGCUGGCUUUAGUUUAUGAAUCAUGGUAUAAAACACGGAGAAUAAGAACAUGGGUGAUUUCUCCUGGAUCAAAGGAUGUCAGCCCUCGUAUCCUGUUUGAUAGGUCAUCAGAAGACGUUUACUCUGAUCCUGGGUCACCCAUGCUGCGGAGAACUCCUUCCGGGACUUAUGUCAUUGCGAAGAUAAAGAAGGAAAAUGAUGAAGGCACUUAUGUUUUACUAAAUGGAAGUGGUGCUACACCAGAAGGAAACAUGCCAUUCCUAGAUUUAUUUGACAUAAACACAGGACAGAAAGAACGUAUAUGGAAAAGCGACAAAGAAAUAUAUUAUGAGACCGUUGUUGCCUUAAUGUCUGAUGAGAAGGAAGGAGAUCUACUCAUUGAUCAGUUGAAAAUAUUGACGUCCAAAGAGUCAAAGACCGAAAACACCCAAUAUUAUCUACUGAGCUGGCCAGAAAAGAAAGCAUGUCAAAUCACAAAUUUCCCUCAUCCUUAUCCACAGUUAGCAUCAUUGCAGAAAGAGAUGGUCAGGUACCAGAGAAAGGAUGGAGUUCAACUUACAGCAACUCUAUACCUUCCACCUGGAUAUGAUCCGUCAAAAGAUGGGCCCCUUCCAUGCCUGAUAUGGUCUUAUCCCGGGGAGUUCAAAAGCAAAGAUGCUGCUGGCCAAGUCCGUGGCUCUCCUAAUGAAUUUGCUGGCAUUGGUCCCACAUCAGCCCUCCUUUGGCUUUCUAGAAGGUUUGCUAUUCUUUCGGGACCAACAAUUCCGAUUAUUGGCGAGGGUGAUGAAGAAGCUAAUGAUAGAUAUGUAGAGCAAUUGGUUGCUAGUGCAGAAGCUGCUGUGGAGGAAGUUUUACGUCGUGGAGUGGCUCAUCCGAACAAAAUUGCUGUUGGAGGACAUUCUUAUGGUGCAUUCAUGAGUGCAAACCUCUUGGCACAUGCCCCUCAUCUCUUCUGUUGUGGAAUUGCUCGCUCUGGUGCUUACAACAGAACACUCACUCCUUUUGGUUUUCAGAAUGAGGACAGAACCCUUUGGGAGGCUACUAAUACUUACGUCGACAUGAGUCCUUUCAUGUCAGCUAAUAAAAUCAAGAAGCCAAUUUUGCUAAUCCAUGGAGAAGAAGAUAAUAACCCAGGAACUUUAACCAUGCAGUCGGAUCGUUUUUUCAAUGCUCUGAAAGGUCAUGGAGCUCUUUGCCGCCUUGUGAUUCUUCCUUCCGAGAGCCAUGGAUACGCCGCACGUGAGAGCAUCAUGCAUGUGCUCUGGGAAACUGAUAGAUGGUUGCAGAGAUACUGCGUGUCAAAUGCUAGUGAUGUAAAUGUAGAUGCUGAUGGGAGCAAAGAGAGUUCUGGUGCAGGAGCUACAGAUUCUGAAACCAAAACAGUUGCUGCCAGUGGAGGUGGAGGUGCAGAGAUGUCAAAUUUUGACGAUGAAGGAUACAACUUGGGGCCAAGGUCAUUAUUGUGAGUAAAUUGCCCGUCUGUUUGGCUGCCAAGAAUCAAGGCUGGAACACCGAGAUGCUGCUAAUUUUUUCUCCAUGAAACUUCAUGAUAGCCUGUAAUCUAUGUGCACACCAAAUUAUUGUAUGGCCCCCAAAUUUUAGAGCACAACCCAGUGGCAAAUUGCUUGAUGAGCACCUAUGACUUGCUCCCUGGAGGAAGGGGUCUCUGCUGAGUGUUUUCAAUAAAAAAGCUCUUUGGGAAAAAUUAUUUUUACACUACUGUUCACUCUAACAAUGCAAGAGCUUAUUAUGUUCAUGAUUUUAUGGA